CGUAGUUCUGUGCGCUUGAAGAAUGUUUCUAUCUUCGAUUUGUGCUGAGAAGUAGAUUAGAAUUCAUGGAAUUUUAAUUUUUGUGCUUCGUUAUUUUUUUUUAAACAUCUAUUGAUCCACGAUGGAGUCGUGUAUGGCAACAGGUUGUGCCGCAGCGCUAUCAUCAGUGCCAACUUCCAUUUUUUCGCAAUUGGUGCAUCUGAUUCUAAUGUCGCAAUGUCGCCUAGGGAAUAAGGAGGAUUAUCCUGCAGAUCGCAAGGACGAAAUUCUCGAUUCGAAUAGGGAAUUCGAUUUUGUUAUUGUUGGAGGUGGAACGGCGGGAACUGUUUUGGCGCACAGAUUAACAGAGAUACAGAAUUGGGACGUUUUACUGAUAGAAGCUGGAGAGGACCCUAUUCCUGAAAGCGACGUUCCUGGUCUAAUGUUACUUCUGUUUGGUGAAUACCAGGAUUACGCUUACCAGGCUGAACCUCAAGAAGAAUUCUGUCAAGGCAUAAAAAACAAACGGUGCAGAUGGUCAAAAGGCAAAGCACUGGGUGGUAGCUCAGUGAUCAACGCGAUGCUCCACGUAUUCGGCAACGACAGAGACUACAACGAAUGGGCAAGCUUGGGUAACAAAGGAUGGAGCUACGAAGAGGUGCUUCCCUACUUCAGGAAAUCUAUAAACUGCCCGAUGGAACAUCUAAGCAAAUGGGGAGAGAAACACUGUGGAACUGAAGGACCAAUGAAUAUCAGAAGCUACAAUUACACUCAAACAAACUUCCAAGAUAUCAUCUUGGAUGGUGUACGAGAGUUAGGUCUGGACGUUCUGGAGCCUCUGAUCAGUGAUCGUUACAUCGGAUAUGGUAGAGCAUUAGGUACCAUCGACAGUGGACGACGAGUUAAUGGUGCCAAGGCUUUCUUGUCUCCCAUCAAGGAUCGACAGAACCUUUACGUAAUGAAAUCCAGUCGAGUGGACAAGAUCCUGAUGAAGGGUACUCGAGCAACAGGUGUUCGAGUCACGUUAAAAGACGGUCGAUCUAUUGAUAUCAAAUCAAAGAAGGAAGUGAUCCUCUCUGCAGGUAGCAUCGCCAGUCCUCAACUGAUGAUGCUUUCCGGUAUAGGACCCAAGGAACACCUGCAACAGAUGGAGAUACCUGUGGUGGCUGACCUUCCGGUAGGCAGGAACCUGCAGGAUCACGUGAUCUGGCUUGGAAUGCAUAUAGCCUACUUGAACGAGUCCACCAGUCCUCCGCCGUCCACCUACGCGAUGGAUAUAGCAUACGACUACCUGGUGCACAACUCCGGGGAACUGGCUACCGUUGGCAUUGAUCUACUUGGUUUCGUGAACGUCAACGACCCCAGCUCCAAAUACCCGGAUAUCGAGUUUGAUUACGGCCACUUUCCGCGCUGGAACGCGCUCAAAGCAGCCACUUUGCUGAAGGCUUUCAACGCGGACGACGCCCUGGUGCAAGUGAUAUACGAAGAAAUCAUGCAAACGGACUUGCUCGUCCCUUGCACGAUCCUUCUACAGCCGAAGAGUAGGGGAAUGGUCGAGUUACGAAGCACGGAUCCAGCUGAACCUGUCAAGAUUCACGCGAAUUAUUUUCACGAACUGGAAGAUCUGAGGACGUUGAUGAAGGCCGUGGAUACUGUUAAGAGUCUUUUGAAUACGGAACCGAUGAGGAGGCAUGGAAUGCGAUUGAAUUAUUUUGAUAUUCCCGGCUGCAGGGACACGGUACCGGAUUCUGAAGAAUAUUGGGAGUGUAGUAUAAGACAUAUAGCCAGUUCGCUGUUCCAUGCGGUUGGAACAGCUAGGAUGGGGCCAAAUGGUGACCCCAUGGCUGUGGUGGAUCCUAGAUUAAGGGUCCAUGGUAUUGAGAGGUUACGGGUGAUCGAUGCAUCGAUCAUGCCGAAUAUUGUUAGUGGAAAUACUAAUGCGCCGACUAUGAUGAUCGCUGAAAAGGGUGCGGAUAUGAUUAAAGAAGACUGGUCCAUGAAAUUAAAGGAGGAAUUGUAAAGAAUUGAUAACACUUGAGAAAUGUUACAG